UACCAGCCAGAUGAACAAAAACGAGCCAGUUGCAACCUUUCAUUUAUUGACUGAUGCACUUGCAUAUUUCUUUGCUGUACAGAAAACAAAUGGCAAAUUAUAACUGUCACCAAUAAUAGUUACUUGAUUAAUCAACUAAUUAGUUUAUUUGCUUAUUUAUCAAAUGACCAAAUGUAAGAAUGUAAGUGAAUAAGCUGUUUCCUGUAAAUUUACUUUAUCAGAAAAUUAUUAUAAAUCUGACAUCAAAUUAUUUUCCAAGAACAUAUAAUUUGGCGAUUAUUUAUUUACAGUUUCCUGUAUAUUAAAUGUUUCUUUUUGUUAAGCAUUAAAUGUUUAGGAACUCUUUUCUGCGUAAAGCAGACAAACAGGAAACAGAAAGAAAAAAACCGCACAGAGUCGUUAUGGUGGUUUGGUAUGAAUUCCAAAAACAUGGUUUCAUAUUUUGGAAGUCGCUCUGUUUUCCAAAACAACAACAAAAAAUCUUUCUUCUUCCCCCAUGCGCUUCUUCUCGCCGCCUUUCUCUGCGCUGCAGAGCUGCAGUGAUGUCAGCCUGCCUGGGUCAUUUGAAGGUCAGCAGCCUCGGAAGGGUUCACCCAAAGUUCACUCGCAUACAUUAGGCAAUUCAAUCUUUCAUUCUCGGUGGCAAAACUAGUUGGAAAUGAGCAGCACUGGUGGGACGGAUAACCCAUUCGUCAUCGCGGAGGGGAACGGCUGCUUUUUAAACACCGUCCGUGAUUAUUUUCUGCUCUUAGAAUAAUAAAGAAGCUCCGCUCCGAGCAGCCGGCAGCGCGAGCGCUUCAGCCGAGAGGCGGGACGGGGCGAUCCGCUGCGAACACGGCGGAGCGGCGCUGGCUAUGGAGGAACCCCGGCCGGAGGUCCGCUGCAGCGCGCUGACUGCUCCCGGUGCCAGAGACCCGAGCAGGGGCAUCUAGGACAAGCUGCGGGACCAACGUAAUUCAUGAUUCCGGUGCGGGACGGAGGAGAAGAAGAGGAGAGAAAUCCGCUGCGCCGAGAAGAAGAAGAAGAAGAAGAGAGGGGGAGAAAAAAAGAGGAGGAGGAGGGGUGAAGAAGAGGAGUUUGAUGGAGUUGUGUGCGCCUAUGCCGGCGAUUUUCCUGCAGAACGCACACGAGUGAGUGAACAAAGUGGUCAUGUUUGACUGCAUGGACAUGCUGGCCGUGAGUCCCGGGCAGAUGCUGGACUUCUACACGUCCAGCCCGUCGUCCUGCAUGCUGCAAGAGAAAGCUCUGAAAGCCUGCAUCAGCGGACUGGCGCACAGAGAGUGGCAGCACCGGCGGAGCGCACACUCCAUCGAAACGCAGAGCACCAGUUCUGAGGAGUUGGUCCCCAGCCCGCCAUCGCCGCCGCCUCCGCCCAGAGUCUACAAGCCCUGCUUCGUCUGCCAGGACAAAUCCUCUGGAUAUCACUAUGGAGUCAGUGCAUGUGAGGGCUGCAAGGGCUUUUUCCGUCGAAGCAUUCAGAAGAACAUGGUGUACACGUGUCACCGGGACAAGAACUGCAUCAUCAACAAAGUGACAAGGAACCGCUGCCAGUACUGUCGCCUGCAGAAGUGCUUCGCUGUGGGAAUGUCCAAAGAGUCUGUUCGGAACGACCGGAAUAAGAAGAAGAAGGAAAGUCCGAAGCCAGAACUGGCAGAGAGCUACGAGCUGACGGCGGAGCUGGAGACCAUCAUCGAGAAGAUCCGUAAGGCCCAUCAAGAAACCUUCCCCUCCCUCUGCCAGCUUGGCAAAUACACCACGAACUCGAGUGCGGACCACCGUGUGAGGCUGGACCUGGGCCUGUGGGACAAGUUCAGUGAGCUGGCCACCAAGUGCAUUAUCAAGAUCGUGGAGUUUGCCAAACGAGUGCCUGGCUUUACAGGGCUGACCAUCGCUGAUCAGAUCACACUUCUGAAAGCUGCCUGCCUGGACAUACUGAUCCUGCGUAUCUGCACACGGUACACUCCUGACCAGGACACCAUGACCUUUUCAGACGGACUGACCCUAAAUCGGACACAGAUGCACAAUGCUGGCUUCGGCCCGCUCACUGACUUGGUAUUCACCUUUGCCAACCAGCUGCUGCCCAUUGAGAUGGACGACACAGAGACGGGUCUUCUCAGCGCCAUCUGUCUCAUCUCAGGAGAUCGCCAGGAUCUGGAGGAACCCUCCAAGGUGGAUCAGCUCCAGGAGCCACUGCUGGAGGCUCUGAAGAUCUAUGUGAGGAAGCGCCGACCCAGCAAGCCACACAUGUUCCCCAAAACCCUGAUGAAGAUCACGGACCUGCGCAGCAUCAGCGCUAAAGGAGCCGAGCGAGUCAUCUCUCUGAAGAUGGAAAUUCCAGGUUCCAUGCCCCCUCUCAUCCAGGAGAUGCUGGAAAACUCAGAGGGUCAGGACGGUCAGAUCAGCAGCAGCAGCAGCAGCAGCACGUCCACUGAGGCCGGGGCCAGUCCCAGCACCAAGGACAACGAGUCGCCAGAGUCCUCGGACCCCGACGAGGCCACGCCCCCUCCACCCAGCACCGAGCCCUAGGAGGCACCAGGUGUCUCUUUAACUCGUUCAGACAUUCCUUUGCACAAAAAGAUCAGCCAACAAGGAGCUGACCCUCUAUAACCUCUUUAUUCCUUCUCUUUUGCUUGGUGUAACAUUAACUUUAAAUCCUUCUAUUUUUCUCUCCAAUUUACUCAAAAUUUUUUCUCCUCGAAAAGAAAACAACACAGAGGCCUCAAAGGAUGAGUGCUCUGCAUUUGGCUGUGAGUGGAGCUGUAGUUUGGGGUCAGGACUCAGGAGGAGGGCCCUUGGGGGCCUCCCCAAACACCACAGAUGAUACUCCUCAGGUCUCCUGUGUAAAUUCGUAUCUGCAUGACGGGAGUUUGAUAACGAUUUCUCUCUCUGUGUUUCUCCGUCAUCUCUGUCCAUCAGUCGUACUGCUGGCAUACACACACUGUACAUACCAUGGUAUGGUCAGGCCUCUGUUUGUAGGAUGAGUUUUGUGGUGCUUGUCCCAUCGUGUUGAUUAUUUUCAAAGUUUAAAGCAGAACUAAUUUUAAGUUCUUUAAAAAAAAAAAAUAUCUAGAAUGUUAAUGCACAUAGAUAUGACUGAAGUCAGACAUUUUCCAUCUGUUUGUAUAUUUAAAACUGCUCUUUAGUGUUACGUGACGUGUUGUUCAUGGAUGAGUGUGCAUCCACACCGGCAGAAUGCAGCGCUUCCCUCCAUACCUGCAGCUGAGUCCGUUCAGCUGUUUCCUCAGGGAGGGAAGCAAACAGCAGAGGCUUUGAUACACACUCAUCAGACCGGCCGGGUCAGACCUGAGCGAGCAGAUUCACACACACACACAGACACACACACUGAGGCUGUCUGCCCAGUAAAACAACCGAGACAAGAGGCUAAAAUCUGACACAAUUCUUGCACUUUAUGUUUUGUUACUGACUUCACAAAAAAACAAAAUCUAUUUUUUUGUAAAGUUUUGACCUGUUGAAAAAGGCUGCUAACGAUUCCAAGCUGUCUCUGAGAACUAUAAUAGGAACAGAAAUGUUUUGCUAGCGCAGCAGCAGAGGCACUUGUCUUUAGCAUUAGGAAAAUGCAAUGAAGGCAGCUUGCAUGGUUAGCAUUAGAAAUGAAGCCCUCUAUGUGUUCCAUAGGAACUCAGACAUUAACUUUCUGAAAUCCUACAAAUAUUCCCAGACCCAACAUGUUCCUUGACAAUGACAGCACAGGCUGGAAGAGAAAGAGGACACAGUCUUUGUUCAGCCUUCCUGUUAUCUGCUGAAAGUCUUGCUCUGUCUUAGAUCCUAGUAGAACUGCAGACUUCAUCCUACUAGAGCUCCAUCGAUUGCAGUUAUCUAUAAAAAUCCUCACCUCCCGAUUCCGAUUUUGACCGAUACCAAUAUUUUUGUCUGAAGAGUCACUAAAUAUAGAGACAAAGUUUCUAAGUUGUCAACAGUGGGGCGAGUAUUGCUAACCGCUAACAUGCAGAUGUGACCCCUUUGGCUGACAGUAGCUCAUCAGAUUGCCAGUCAUCUGAUUUAUGGACCAGACUGUUUAUUAGUUCACUUCUAGUCACUAUAUCUCUGCCUGGAGAGCGCUGUUUAAUGUUUAUGCAGCUUCAUACAACAACAAUCUGAAACUAACUGACAAUGUUUGACUCUUCUCCAAGUAGAAACAUCCACACCACGCAGAGUACGGAUGGAUUUCUAACAGGCUGACCACAGCCGAUCAAUCUGAAGAUCAUCUGGUUCUGGUUACCAGCUGAUGAUUCUCUGGGAUAAAACCUUUCAUAUCAGGGCUGAAUGAUUCAACUAUGUUCACCUGGAAGGAUUCAGUUAUCUCAACUGUAAAAAUCAGAUAACUUCUUUUUAUUAUUGCAAAACAAACAAAUCAGGUGAGAUUUAGGACUAUUCCUAAUCUAGGUCAUUGUUCCAGCCAGAUCCAACCCAAAACUCUGGUCUGCCUUCAUAGUAACUGUUUCUGCCUCAGUGAUCAAACUGGGUUUUUUUUUCCUUCCAUUCUGACAUCAGCCUGCAGCUGGUUUAUAUUUCCCAGAAUGAAGUCGGCCUAAUGAGUGUGUAUCUGCUGCUGUCGACGGCGCCGGAGCUCUGCUGUGGCCUUAUGAACAGAGCUCUGCAUCUCACCUUCCUCCCUCAUAAAGUGUCUUGUUUGAACCAGUGAAACACGGGAGCAAUGCAAUCCUUAAACACACUAAAUACCGGAACACCGGGCCUCCUGGGUCCGGAUGAUUGUAGCUAACACAGAAAGCACACACUGGGGUGGGAUCGGUAGCUCCACUCCAAAUGUUUGCCUUGCUCUUCUGACCUGACUGUGUAAGCUUUACCUAACGAUGCAAAAGGAGAUUCCAGAUGACCUCUGACCCCUCCAGACAGCCAACUGAGUAAACGCUUCCUUCGGGAGGCGAAUCCAACUGAGCUGGUAUGGAGGCGUUAGGAGGUUCCUCUGAAACUAAAACAUGAUCCUGGAGAGCUGCCUUUCUCCACAGCCAAGGUCACAUGUGAAGCUGAACCAUAAGAGAAAAGACACUGUUAUGUCCUCCUGAAGGACCCAGACCCUCCACUGCCUCAGGGCCCAUCAGCUCCGAUGUGGUAAUCCAUAUUUCAGCACAGAUGAUAUUUUUUAAUGCAUUAACUGAAAGCAAUACCUUUUCAUUUUGAAAAGAGUCAUAUUCACUUCUUUGUUGACAGUAAAGUGACUGAAUCUCGUUUUAAAGUCUGUUUUGCUGAAGGAAAAAAAAAAAUGAAGCAGAAUUUCCACUGAAGAACUAAAAGGAAAACAUCGGCUUCGCUGCAAAAUAUUAACAAGAAAGAAACUUGCACACUACCACGUCUCACCUGGUUACAGUUAAAGGAGUGGAUUGGAUUUUGGGAAGUGGGGUUAUGUUGAGAGAUUGUGGGUAGUAAAUAUCUCACCUGAAGUUGAUGAUUAUAUUAGCGCCUACGCUUCAGUGAAGUAGAGCUUCAUUUUAGAGCUAAACAGAGUCAAGUCUGAUCCAAAACACUAAUAAGUGCCUUCAAUCAACUCCAAUCUCUAAAUGUGACAGCGGUGCUUAAAAGGAAUUUCAUUUAUCACUUAGAAUAGAACAGACUUUAUUGAUCCUAAAAAGGGAAAUUGUUUAUUUGUUUAAAAGCUACUCCAUCCAAAGUGUUAAAUAUUACACUUUAUAUGCUGAUGGUUAUACAGAUAUGACCAUAAGCAUCUGAAGUGUAAUAGUGUGAUAUUAUGAAACCAAUUUCAUAAUAUCACACUUUUUUACCAGUAUUUAGAAUACUGGUAAA